AUGGGUCGCAAAAAGAUCAGGAUCCAGCGCAUCGAUGAUGAUCGCAAUCGAUCCGUCACUUAUCUCAAGCGCAAAGCGGGUCUCAUGAAGAAAGCUCACGAACUGGCAGUCUUGACGGACAGCGAAGUGGCCGUCAUCGUCUUUUCGCACAAUGGCAAAUUG